ACGCUAAGGCGCGCGCGAUUCCAAUUCAGUUUAGGUUUCUCUCUGGCAAGGGCCCCGCACUGCGUUCCUGCCCAGGGGAUGGAAGGGUUUUAUUAAUUACCCUGGAAGUGCUAAAGCCCCUGUCCUGAGACCUGAAAGUGAAGAAGAGCAGAACAGGAGAGGAUUCCUCCCAGAGCCAUGGCUGACAAAACCCAGGAAGAUGGUGGUGUCAGUUUCCCCUUUCCCUUCCCGCCCUACUCCAUCCAGAAGGACUUCAUGGCUGAACUGUACCAGGUGUUGGAGGCUGGAAAGAUUGGGAUAUUCGAGAGUCCCACUGGCACAGGAAAGUCUUUGAGUCUCAUCUGUGGGGCCCUGACCUGGCUCCGAGACUUUGAGCAGAGGAAACAGCAGGAAGAGGCGCGCUGUCUCCUUGAACCUGGAGCCGGCCCGGUGCCUGAGGGGCAGGACCCGCGCCCUGCGGCCCCCAGCACCUCCAGCCCAGGAGGAGAGCCAGACUGGGUCACCCAGUUUGUACAGAGGAAGGAGGAAAGGGACCUGGCUGAGCGUGUGAGGGAGGAGCAGCUCAGGAGGAGGAAGCGAGAGGAGCGACUGCAGCAGACACGCCACAGUGCGCAGCUCAAGCACACAGCCCGGCGCCGGAGGCAGGAAGAAGAGGAGACUGAGGCCCUCCUCCGUCUCAGCCGGGAAGUGCUGUCUGAGGGGCCUGGGACGGAGCAGCUGGAGCAGCUGGAGCCUGGGGAGGAGGAGCUGGUGCUGGCAGAGUACGCGAGUGACGAGGAGAGGAGGGCAGCCAGCAGGGUGGAUGAGGAGGAAGACCUGGAGGAGGAACACGUCAUGAAGAUUUACUACUGCAGCCGGACGCAUUCCCAGCUGGCCCAGUUUGUGCAAGAAGUUCGGAAGAGCCCCUUUAGCAAGGAGACCCGGCUGGUGACCCUCGCUUCCCGGCAGACCCUGUGUGUGAAUGAAGAGGUGAGGAGCCUGGGCUCUGUGCAGCUGAUCAACGACCGCUGUGUGGAGAUGCAGAGACACCAGUAUGAGAGUAAACACAGAGCAGAGGCAGACAUGCCCAAGAGGCGCCGGCAGGAGAGCCUGGCUGCCUGCCCCUUCUACAACCUCGAGCAGACGCAGCUGCUCCGGGACGAGAUCCUGGUGGAGGUGAAGGACAUGGAGCAGCUGGUGGCCCUCGGGCGGGAGGCCCGGGGCUGCCCCUAUUAUGGAAGCCGGCUCGCCAUCCCUGCAGCCCAGCUGGUGGUGCUGCCCUACCCGAUGCUGCUGCACACGGCCACGAGGCAGGCUGCGGGCAUCCGGCUGCAGGGCCAGGUGGUCAUCAUCGACGAAGCACACAAUCUGAUUGACGCCAUCACAGGCAUCCACAGCACGGAGGUCAGCGGGUCCCAGCUGUGCCAGGCCCACUCCCAGUUGCUGCAGUACAUGGAGCGGUACAGAAAGCGUCUGAAGGCCAAGAACCUAAUGUACAUCAAGCAGAUCCUGUAUCUGCUGGAGAAGUUUGUGGCUGUGCUGGGAGGGAACAUCAAGCAGAACCCCAAUACACAGAGCCUCUCUCAGACAGGGACAGAGCUGAAGACCAUCAACGACUUCCUCUUCCAGAGCCAGGUGGACAACAUCAACCUGUUCAAGAUACAGCGAUACUUUGAGAAGAGUAAGGUCAGCAGGAAGCUCUGUGGCUUCACAGAACGCUACGGCGCCGUCCUCCCACCACCCCGGGAGCAGUCGAGGCUCUCUGGGCUCCAGCACUUCCUGCAGAGCCUGCAGCCUGGGGUGACCGAGGCACCCGCUGCCCCCCUGGAGGAGGCCGAGGUCGGGGCAGUGCGGGCCGCCUCCCCACUGAUGCACAUUGAAGGCUUCCUCGCAGCCCUCACCACCGCCAGCCAGGACGGCAGGGUCAUCCUGAGCCGCCAAGGCAGCCUCAGCCAGAGCAGCCUCAAAUUCUUGCUGCUGAACCCAGCUGUGCACUUCGCCCAGGUGGUGAAGGAAUGCCGGGCAGUGGUCAUUGCAGGUGGCACCAUGCAGCCGGUGUCAGCCUUCCGGGAGCAGCUGCUGGCACACGCAGGGGCAGAGGUGGAGCGAGUGGUGGAGUUCUCCUGUGGUCACGUGAUCCCGCCGGAGAACAUCCUGCCCCUCGUCCUUUGCAGCGGGCCCACCAGCCAGCGGCUGGAAUUCACCUACGAGAGGAGAGAGCUGUCUGCAAUGGUGGACGAGACGGGGCGCAUUCUCUGUAACCUGUGCAACGUGGUCCCUGGAGGGCUGGUCUGCUUCUUCCCUUCCUACGAGUACCAGCGCCAGGUCCUUGCUCACUGGGACAAGAGUGGCCUGCUGGCCCGCCUGGCUGUCAGGAAGAAGAUCUUCCAGGAACCCAAGAAAGCUAGCCAGGUGGAGCAGGUGCUGGCAGCAUAUUCCAGGUGCAUUAAGAGCUGUAUCCAGGUGGGAGGCCCGGUUACCGGGGCCCUGCUCCUCUCUGUGGUGGGAGGCAAGAUGAGUGAAGGCAUCAACUUCUCCGAUGACCUGGGCAGGUGCGUGGUGAUGGUGGGCAUGCCCUACCCCAACAUCAGGUCCCCUGAGCUACAGGAGCAGAUGGCCUACUUGGACCAGCGCCUUCCUAGGAGCCCAGGGCAGGUCCCCCCGGGGAAGGCACUGGUGGAGAAUCUGUGCAUGAGGGCUGUGAACCAGUCCAUAGGUGAGCAGGGGCUGUCCCGGCCCUCAGCUGGAUGGCAGGGAGGGCGUGACACGGAGGGAGACCUGAGCUGCUGGCUCUCCCACCUGAUGGCUGGGGGUGGGGGGCAGGGAACACAGGCUGUGUGCCAUGGGGAACUGAAGGCAGGUUUCACUCGGAGCCCUGCCUCUGUGCCACCAGGCAGGGCCAUCCGGCACCAGAGGGACUUUGCCAGCAUUGUGCUCCUGGACCAGCGGUACACCCGGCCCUCUGUCCUAGCAAAGCUGCCAGCCUGGAUCCGGGACCGCGUGGAAGUCAAAGCCACCUUUGGUGCUGCGUUCGCCGCGCUGCGGAAGGUCAGGACGGCCCUUUCCUUCCCCGGGGCCUCCAGCCUGAGGUGCAGUUCCUCACAGCUUCUUUCUGUGCUCAGUUUCACAGGGAGAAGGUGGGGUCCUCCUGAUGGCAGCCAUGUCACCACCUUCCCUAGUCCCUCCUGUGCCUGCACACAGACUUUGGGGCUCACACCAGCUCCCCAGAGGGCGCUCCACAGCAAAGCCAGCAGGGGUGGAUUCCACACGACCCUCAGGCACGGCAGGUCCUGCCAUGCCCAGCCCAGCCCCCUGCCUGCCAUGGAGAGCGGAAGGCUCCAUCCCCUGCGGCACCCACCUUCCGAGCUGAGGCUCACCCUGCCUCUGCUCUUCCUGGCCAAGAUGCGCAGAGACCGUGUCUGCCCCUGUGACCCUCCGUGGAGAGGUGGCCAUCCCUCCUUCCAGCCACGCCUGCUCCCAGCACCCUCUUCUGGGCCCAAUCCAGAGGAAGGGGCCUUGGUCCCCUGUGACUUUUACACCACUGCUGGACCCCGCAGGGAGGACAGGCCGGGCUCCAGAGGUGUCUGCGUCCCACCCGGCCAGACCUCCUCCUGCACCAUAGCCUGCUGGACCCCCUCGCAAUUCCUGGUGCUUUUCCUCGCCACGCCUCCUCAGAGAGGUUGGUGCUGUGGUUUGGGGGACGGUGGAGUAGGGAGCCCCUAAAGCUGGAGAGGGACCACACAUGCCGUAGGAGGAGGUGCUUAGGGGAGCCACACAGCUGCUAGGCAGAGUUCAAAUUGACAUCAUCCUCCUGACUAGAAAUAAACGUGCUAAGGCAGUCGAGCAGCUCCUCUCUGUGGGAGAGGGCUUCUGUCUCAUCUUUAUUUUGCCAUCCUCUCGCCAGACACCC